AUUAAAUGGCAUCUGCUUUUCCCAAAUUGCCAGGUUUCGUGCCCACUCAAGAGAUUGAUGUAUUUUAAUAGUAAUAACUUCAAUUAGAAACCGAACUUCAGAAAAGUCUCAUCCACUAAACAAGAAUAGAAUAGAGAAGUCAAUCAUCUUCCAAAUAAGGAGUAUGCAGUACCUCGUAAACAACCAAUUCAAAUACCUCCUCAAAGUGGCAUGUUCAAUCCUGAUUAUAUGAGUACUACUCAUGCCAUGCAUCUCCCCAAAGUAUUAAAAACAGUUACACUCUUUAGAAUGUAACCAAUGACUCUGAAGAAUUGUAUCAACCAUCUUGGGUGAAAAUGGAUAGACAUGUUCUACGAUUUAGCGGCUAUUUCAAAGAAGCUGUGGUCGAGUCUGCACUUGAAAAUUACAGAAUUCGCAAAAUCACCAUUUGCUACUACCUUGAGGAUCACUCCUUAAGCAUCACUGAACCCAAGUAGGAGAAUAGUGGAGUGCCUUAAGGAGCAUUCUUGAAAAGACAGAAAGUAUAGCAUACCUACGAUCUUCCUAGGUUCUACGAGCUGAUGAUUCCAAGACCUUCAUUCUCCCUGAGGAUUUCAGAAUCAACCAAGACAUCAUCAUCUUUGGAAAGACGAUCCGUCUCUACGAUUGUGAUCAAUAUACAAGGGAGUUUUACGAGGUAUCUCAAGAGUCUUUAAUUUCAUUUAGUUACAAGGCAUACCAUAACAACCCUCCUUUGCACCUCAGUCUGACUCAUUUGAAACCAAGACGAUGACUAAAUUCAUUCCUCAAAAAGAUACUGUUAUGAAAGAUUACUUAGAACAUAAAUUAGGAGGUGGUCGAGUGACAUCCUAAAAGCAAUUUUUAGAGAAUGACAGAAAGGUUUCAAAUUAAAUUAGUUUAAUCUCUAGGUUCUUAAAUUCUAUGUGUUCUCAGAUAUCGAAUAUAUUCUUCAUUACUAUCUAGCAGAUGAUACCAUUGAAAUCAAGGAAAUCAAUUCAGCCAACUCCGGAAGAGUUCCAUUCCCCAUGAUGUUGAGAAGGUAAAAGCUCCCCAGGAAGUUCUCACUCAAUCAACCUGGAUAAACUUAUGCUGAAGAUUUCAUCCGACCACAAGAUAUUUAAUACGGACAACCACUCAUUAUUUAUAAUCGCAAAUUCUUCAUCAACGGUUGUGAUCAAUUCACCAGAUAUUACUAUUUAGAGAAGUUCAAUGUAGACUUCCCAUUAGGAGGAUAAGAGGAACAAGUGCAACAAGAAAGAUCAAGUAAUAAAAAACAAUUAAAAUCUAUCUAGAUAUCAUUAUCCCUCCUCACAAUGGUAUUGGAGAUGAGUAGGAUUCACUCGGAUACAUCUACAGGUUGUAACCCAUACCACCGAAGAAGGAUUUCUUUAAAUGGGUUGAUAACUAAGUGAAUCUUAGAUUUCUGGCCAUGUUCAACACAACCAAACCAGAAGACAAGGACAGAGUAUUUGUAAUCACUUUCUUCUUAAAUGAUGACAGUCUUUUGGUCUAUGAACCAACAGUGCGAAACUCAGGUAUGUGAUAUUCUGAUUCUUAAUAGGAAUUCCUGAUGGGAAGUUCUUGGAAAAGAGGAAGUACAAAAAUGUCAAUAACAACAAUGAGUUCUUCACUCCAAAUGAUCUCAUCGUUGGGAAUGAGGUCGUCAUAAAUGGAUGGAAAUUCCAAUUGCUUGAUUGCGAUGAGUUUACUAAGAAAUGGUAUGCUCAAAACUUCAAAUGAG